AUGGAGAAUUUAAGCGAACUGCAGAAUCCGUUACUGGACAAAAACACAAAGCACAUGGUAAACGGAUACGGCGGGGACGUACCAAAUAAUCAAUACCAGGAGAAUAUUAUCAACUACUUCGCAGGCAGCGGUGAGGUUGGAGGCGCUAACAAAGUGGCCAACAAAGUGGCUAAUGGUACAGUGGUGAACGCUGGGAACUACAACACAAAUGGCCGAAUCAAAACGCAACAACUUCUGGACGCUACCUCUCUGCAUCUGGCAGUGGAAGCUUUCUACAAACCUAAUUUUAUACUGUACAAAGAAGACAGCGCUAGUAUCAAGGCUAAGGAAUACAAAAGUGAGUGUUGUGAGACCACGUUCACAGAGAAGAAAAGCAAAGAGACCUCCACACCUGCAGGGGGCGACUCAGCUGGAGCAGAGGACCCCCAGAACAAGCUGAUGGAGGAUGGGGAACAUGUGAAGAUUCAAACAGUGUCCUACGAAGUGGAGGAGGAGGAGUAUGUUGAGUAUGAGACGGACUGCUCCAGUGACAGUGAGAGCGAGGACAACUUCAUCGUGGUCCCUCCCAGAGACCACCUGGGCCUGGCCAUCUUCUCCAUGCUCUGCUGCUUCUGGCCCUUAGGCAUCGCCGCCUUCUACUUCUCACAGGGGACCACCAAAGCCGUGAACAAAGGCGACUUCUCAUUGGCCAACAUCGCGUCUCGAAGGGCCCUCUUCCUCGCCGCUCUGUCCAUCACCAUAGGCACCGGAGUCUACGUCGGGGUGGUCGUAGCCCUCAUCGCCUACCUAUCCAAACCGGGACACAUAUAG